AUGACAAUCACCACUCUACUACUCUUGACCAUUGCCGUCAUCCUCUUCGCCUCUCCCGCCGCCGCGCACUCCUUCCCCUACGUGCCUACUCAGCUCCUCAUGCCCGAUCGCCCAUGCAUCGACCAUACCGUACCUUGCGCCGCCUCUGAUCUGGCCUACAUCUUCCGACAGACGGCCUCUGACAGCAUCGAAUUCCGCGCCCUCAACUUUUCCCACAGCGUCAGCGCCGACGACGUCGACCUCGAGCGCCCUGCCGGCAGGACCUCUCUCCCGUUUCUUCUGGACAAGUCCAGCAGUACGGCGUUUGGCGCCGCCAGGACGGCCAACGGCUCGGUGCUCGUUUACGCGGGCAACUGUCAGACCGGCAGCGGCGAUGUUUGGAGCUUCGACCCGGAAGAGGGAGGCGAUUGGACUCGACGCGGUCUUGGCGACGAUGGCGAUCGUCGUCGUGCGCCUUACUUUCUCGGCGCCACUGUCGCCUUCUCGUCCAUGCUUGCUCCUAGGAUGGACCAGCCGACUAUGUAUACCUACGGUGGUAUGUGUACCACGCCAGACUCUGGAUCCAACGCCCCCAAGACCUGGCAGGCCGAGGCCAACUACACAAGGACCAUGAUAAGCCUUGCGCCCACAAACAGAAACCCCAAUACGCCAUACACAUUGAGUGUGGCUUCCAGCAGCGGAUCGCGCGUCCCAAUUGCUGGUUUUACCCUUACAGGCCUGACACCUUCUAUCACUAACAAGUCUGGCAUCGUCACCCAGCAGACUAGUUACGUCCUCCUUGGUGGACAUAGCGAGUCGGCCUUUAUCAACAUGAGCACCGUGGCCGUGUGGAACUUGCCCGCCGAGUCGUGGAGUUAUGUGGACAUCCAAGCCCCAGACGUCAAGAUUCCCAACACGGAUCUCACGGUCAAGUCCACGACGACCCGUGGGAGCACAAAGAACACUGCGGACAAUGUCUACAGUCGCUCCGGGCACACGGCGACUCUCAGCGAGGACGGAAACUCCAUCAUUGUUUUGGGAGGAUGGGUCAAGGACGUCAACACCCCAGCCGAGCCUCAGCUUGCCAUUCUCGAGAUGAGCGAUGCUUACAGCGGAUGGCAGUGGAAGAUCCCAGAGGAGCAGCCCGACUUUACUGGACUCUAUGGACACGGUGCGGCAGUCUUGCCUGGCAACAUGCUCAUGGUCUACGGCGGUUGGGAGCUUUCUGGCUCUACUUCCAGUCGCAAGACGAAGCGCCAGGCUGUGUCAGGCUCACUCCGCUUCUAUAAUAUUACCUCUGGAUCUUGGGAGACCGACUACAAGAACCCCCUGGCCGGCGAGUUGCCUCCUGAGAGUGAGAGCGACAAUGCUCCCAAGGAGAACCAGAAUCACUCCAACUCUAAGAAACUUGGCUUGGGUCUGGGUCUGGGCUUUGGUGUCGCUGUUCUGAUUGCCCUGAUCAUCGCUGCGGUUUGCUGGUGCAAGAGACGUAAGCGACACCGCGAGAAUCGUGACCAGGCUGUUCGUGCCCUGUCUCAGGAUGCCAGCCACUUUUCCUCUGGACGAGAAGAGAUGAUGGAGCGAGAUGAUGACCCUUGGGGAACCGGUGGUGUUCCUUGGUAUACCGGCGCUGACCCUUACGCUGCUGGUGAGCGAUCGCUCGGCUACGAGUCUCUGCGAGGCAACCGAGGAAACUUGCCCGGACUUCAUAUCCCUCACAAGCCCAUGCCGAGGCCAUCCCGUGGUGGUUAUGUGGCCACAGGGCCACGGCCAGGAAGCUUCCCAGGACCAAUCCACCCCAUCUAUGAGGACGACGAAGAAGAAUCUUACCACAAUCACCGAGUACAGGACUCUGUCCACACGCCUACGUCCGAAGUUCCCUCAGAUCCCUUCCAGACUCCCGUCACAGCCGGUGCUGUCCCCCCACCCGCAUUCUUGAUUCCUGGUGGUCGAGCUUCCGCUACGCCUAGCCCCGAGAGCCCACGACAUGAUCCCGAGGUUCAGGACUGGGUCUCUGAUGUUGAUGCCGCUGAAGGACUUCUCGCUCGUAUGAACAGCCGUCAUGGCCAGAAGCAAGGUGCUCAGAACCAGAACCAGAACCAAGGCCAGAACCAAACUCAGGGGCAAGGUCGUGUCUCACCUACACGACGUAACUCGAACCGCUCUGUUGCUCUGCGCGAUGAUGAGUCCCGAAGCGGAUCUAACUUGUCCGAGUCGGCACGAAGCGCAGCAGAGAGCAUCAAGGCCAAGGCCCGUCAACUUAACCCCCUAGCUCCCACGUUCCUAGCAGCCGGCGCCGAGCACCCUAAGCCGGGUAGCUCGACGUCAUCAAGCAGCUACAACACGGCACGCUCAUCGUUUGGCGCUCUUCAAGCCGAGGGUCCCGCGCUCCUUAUGGGUGAUCGCGCUCCUAGUAGAUAUGAUGACGACGAGCCUUCAUCGCCUUCAAAGUCGAAGCCGCGCCGAGGAUGGCUCGGCUCCCUGAGACGAGUCUUUUCCGGAUCUAGUACACCGACAUCCUCUCGUGAAGAUAUGGCCCAAGUUCGACGCUCGUUUGAUCAAGAACCCGUGUGCGGCGACUAUGAGCCCGGCCUCGUUGGUCUGCGCGGCGAGCUUCUUAGGCGGAAGCAAGGCCGUCAGGACUGGGAGGACCUGAGCGCUGUUCCCGGGUCAUCAUCUAGGGAUGCCAUGAUGUCGGGAGGAGCUGGUGGUCUAGAGCCCGGUGGCGAGUCUGACUGGGAUAUUGAGAAGGCGGUAGAGCAACGUCUCGUGCAGGUCAUGUUCACGGUGCCUAGAGAGCGUCUGAGGGUGGUCAACGGCGGCAACGACUCUGAGAGCGACCGCGAGAACGAGGUGCCGGUGAAGCCACAGUCAGCUGUGCUCGUGGAUCCCGAGAAGGAGAGCCAACGAUCAGUCAGCGCAGAGCAUCACGAGGAUGAAAAGACCACGUUCAGGAGGACUUCGUUCAGGAGUAGGGUUCGCCAAGAGGAGGAGAGGGUUAUGCUCAGAGGAGGCCUUCGCCACGAUGACGAUGACGAUGAAGAGGAUGAGAUGGAUGAGAAGUUGGCCGAGAAGCAGCAUCUUGUUGAGGAGAAGCAACAUCCUUUCCGAGAGAAGACUCAUCUUGUUAAGGAAAGGAAGGCUUCUCUCGAUGAGAAGUCUCAUCUUCUCGUGGAAGAUGAUGAUGAUGAUCCUUUCGUGGAGAAGUCCCCCCUGGUUACAGAGAAACCACAACUCAUCCAAGAAAAGGCCCCGGUGGUCGAAGAGAAGCCGGAACCGGUACAGCAGUUACAGCGUCCGGAGGAGGAGAAGGUGGAGGAGGAAGAGCCUAAGAAGCUUGAACAGCCGCAACCAUCACCACCCGAACAACCUCCUCAACCACAGUCUCAACCUCAACCUGAGCAGCCUCAAACACCUCAACCACCAAAAUCCGCUCACCUCCAACCCAUCCAUCCCCUCUUCCACCGCCACUCCCCCUCCCCAUCUCCAUCUCCAUCCCCGUCUCCCUCCCCGUCACCGUCCCCCAACCGCCGCAGGAGACACCAUAUGAGGGGCGAGUCGAGCAACUCGGUGGGCUUGAUGCACCACGUCGACCUCGCUCCGCUCGAACCUCACCUCUCCCACUCUACCGACGGUCGUCCGUCGUCGGGCGUCGUCAUGAAGGCCCAGGCCAUGCCUCUGACUCGCGAGAGGCCCCGGACGCGCGUCCUGGCCAUGGUGGACAGCUUUGAGAGUCUGAGCCGCGAGGGAAGUCCCAGUCCAACGCGCUUCACGUAA